AUCUCUAUUCAGUUUCACAUAUUCGUUAGAUUUUUAUGGAGUAACUUACAGCUGCCAAAUCAUUUAAUUAUUGUGACUUUUUUCAAAUAUUUUUUAGUAUUAUUAUCAUUAUAAUUUUCAUACUUCCGUUACGUCAUCAAUUUAUGAGAAGUCAACAGAACUGCUUGUUGAAUAGUCGAGCUUGAUCAAAUAACCUGCAUUCAUAUAAUUCAUACAUUAACGAUAGUGAACUUAUGCAUUAAAUUAAAAUUGCAUUGGAAUAAAUUAUAAAAUGGCGGUGACUACAGCUGUAGUACGCCAACAACUUACUAAUUUAGCUCAUUCUGGUGGAUCUCAUAAAGAUCAAGCUGAAAGAUAUCGAACAAUUUUAGAUGAUAUUUUAUCAUCCUCUGGAGAAGAACUCAUUGACAACUUGAAAAUAUUUAUUGAAGCAAUUGUCAACGAGAAUGUAAGUUUAGUUAUUUCAAGACAAGUUUUAACUGAUGUGAGUUCCAGAUUACUUCUUUUAGCGGAUGAAAUAUCUAAAGCUGUAUCACACUACACAUUGGAUAAAGUCCAACCACGAGUAAUUUCAUUUGAAGAACAAGUUGCUAGUAUCCGGCAACAUUUGUCAGAUAUUUAUGAAAGAAAUCAAAAUUGGAGAGAAGCAGCUAAUGUCUUAGUUGGAAUUCCAUUGGAAACAGGCCAAAAACAAUAUACAGUAGAUUAUAAGCUAGAAACUUAUUUGAAAAUUGCCAGAUUAUAUUUGGAGGAUGAUGAUCCAGUCCAAGCAGAAGCUUUCAUCAAUCGGGCUUCCUUACUCCAAGCUGAAACUAAAAACGAACAGCUCCAAAUUUAUUACAAAGUUUGUUAUGCUCGAGUACUUGAUUAUCGAAGGAAAUUCAUUGAAGCAGCUCAAAGAUACAAUGAAUUAUCAUAUAGAUCUAUUAUUCAUGAGGAUGAACGGAUGACAGCUCUAAGAAAUGCUCUCAUUUGUACAAUACUCGCGUCUGCAGGUCAGCAGAGAAGUCGAAUGUUAGCAACUUUAUUUAAAGAUGAACGAUGUCAACAACUUCCAGCGUAUUCAAUCCUUGAAAAAAUGUAUCUAGAUCGUAUUAUUCGUCGUUCGGAGCUUCAAGAAUUUGAAGCAUUGUUACAGCCUCAUCAGAAAGCUUGUACGAUUGAUGGUCUUGGCUCUACGAUUCUUGAUCGUGCUGUUAUUGAACACAAUUUAUUAUCAGCAAGCAAAUUGUAUAACAAUAUUACUUUUGAAGAGCUUGGAGCUUUACUAGAAAUCCCGCCUUCUAAAGCUGAGAAAAUUGCUAGCCAGAUGAUUACUGAGGGUCGUAUGAACGGCUAUAUUGAUCAAAUUGAUUCUAUUGUUCACUUUGAAACAAGAGAAAUUUUACCAACUUGGGACAAACAAAUCCAAUCCCUUUGCUAUCAAGUUAAUCAGAUAGUUGAAAAAAUAGCUCAAACACAACCUGAUUGGAUCGCUAAAACGAUGGAGGAUCAGCUAGUACAUUAAUUAAUUAAUUAAUAUAAGAUAUUUAUAUAAGCUUUUAUCUAUAAAGAAAGUGUUGCGAUUUUAUUUCAAUAUUAUUUGAUAAAAGUAAAAUAAUUUAAUAAUGGUAGUUUAAAAAAAAAAUCAAGACACAAUUGCUGUGAGUCUCCUGCGAAAGCAGUGAAAAAGUUUAAUAAACAAAUACUCCAAUAGCUUAACAUAA